AUGUUGUUCGUGCUUGUACCUCUCCUACGGAAUUUCGACCCUGCUGUGCCUGUUGCUGGUGUGCUCGCACCGCCGACGCUGGAGGACACGAGGGAUGAGCGUCAGCGGGCCUUCUGGGAGGUCACGCAGGAGAGCGUCGAUCGGUUCCUGCCGGGCAUGAUCGACGAGAGCGCUCUUCCCAUCGCCGCCUCCGCCUCCGCCUCCGCCUCCCCCGCCCCUGCCGAUCCAGCUACUCAUGAUCAGCACCUGGUUGAGGUCCAAUGUGCCGAAGUGCCAGCCGCAGCGUCGUGA